AGACCAACUUUUAAUAAGCAUAUGUAUAGAAAUGUUACAUUUGUAUAUUUAAUAUCCUCAAAGAGGUUUCAAUGUAUGCUACAUUUUUAUUAGGCCCGAGCAGCAAAGCGCUGCGAAGGCUAUUUGAUCCGGAAAUAUGCCCAGACGAGGUUCUGAGGGGACUGAUCUGAUAAAAUGCUAAUAUUUUUGAUCAUGACUGAGUGAAUUUUAACGAGGAAAUGUAUUUAUAACUUAAACGAUAAAAAGCUCCGGCACAAAAAAAAUGCUCUUAUUGCCUGAAUAAAUUGGUCUCGACUGUGAAAUGAAACAUUAUGUUUGAGGAAAAUGUAAUACUACUGUUAUACUCACAUGCGCGAACAAAAAGACGUUACUGUCCCUUUAAAUAGGUGAGCUGUAGGUGCGGUUUAUUCCUGCCAACCUUUCCGGACCUGUACGGUCUUGUAAACAAAGCACGUCGGUCCACUCGGCCGUGAAGACACCUGUGGUGGCUCAUCAUGUCAGAUCGGUGACCUUUGCUGGCACUGCGGUCCAUUUUCUGCGCUUUAAUGACCAAACCGGUGUCGUCGCUGUGUGUCAAAGGCAACCGCGCGCAGGUGGACUAGUCAGACAGGUUUAGACAAGAAGUCUUAUUAUUACCCCCCCAGUUAUUUCUGAGGGUUAUGUAGGAAGGGUAACAUGAACAGAGUCGCAGCUCUAGCGCUUCUACAACUCUUUCUAUCUGCGGCAGCGGCAGUUUCGAGGAACGUCUCCAGCGAAACUGUCGUGUCAGCUGCACCGGGCGACGUCGUUCUGCUUUACUGUUACAUCGGCGGAGACGUAACACCUGUCUGGAGCACAUGGAUGAAAGACGACCACAUUGUCGCCACCACGGGGCGCGCCGCGGCAGACCCGCGGUUCGACUUGGCGCGUGACGGGAGUCUGAGCAUCCGUGGGGCGAUACCCGAGGAUUCAGGCAGCUUCCUGUGCAGCUCCGGCCUACCGGACAACAGAACCAUCAAUGCUCGCGUCCAGCUCCAAGUAGUAGGUGGACCAAUCUCCGUGUCUACAACCAUCUACCCAGCUGUUGUCCUCCCCAACAGGACGCUUGUCACUGAGAAGGGGACCAACGUCUACUUUAGCUGCCUGGCGUUGUCCUCCCCAUCUCAGCAACUGAACCUGACCUUCAGGGGAGCUUUGACCGAUAACGCGAGCCUGGCGUCCACCAUACUGCCACUCCUGGAAUACUCCAUUCAUGACAUACAGCCCACUUCUCAAGGAGUUUAUACCUGCAGCGCCCUCAACACCGUCUCCAACCGCACGGUUGCUAACAGCACCGAGCUGCUGGUUUACUACAUACCGAACACGCACCCUGACUGUAUGUUCGUGCCAACGGCCAACACCUCCAGCGUCCAGCUGAACUGCUCCUGGUUCGGAGCGUACCCGACCCCCAAGCUGCGCUGGGGCGACCAGGGGGACUUCCAGACGGCCGACAGCCUCGCCGUGACGCUGAACAGCUCCACGCUGCGCGACGGGCAGACGAUGACGUGCACGGCCCAGCACAAACUGCUCAGAGAGGAAAAUUACAGAUCCUGCUUCAUCACCCUCAGGGCUCCGUACCCUGACGGGAAGCCGCUGGUCACCGUGCUGGAGGGAAGCAACGUGACUCUGACCUGCACCGAGACCACGGCCGUUCCGACCGCAGACACCACGUGGCGGAAAGGUCAAAACCAAGAACCGAUCGUUCCCGGACCCAAAUACGUCCUGUCGGCUGAAGGCCCCACCUUCAAGCUGACCAUAGUCCAAAUCAGCAAGGACGACGAGCCCUACUACUUCUGCCGCAGCGAGAACGCGCUCGGGGUGCGCGAGCUGGAGGUCUACCUCACCGUGAGAACGCCGUCCUCGGCGUACAGCGGAGCGGUGAUCGGCGUCUUCCUGGCUGCCCUGAUCGUGGGCUCGGCUUUCGUCGUGGCUAAAAUACUUUACUCCAGGAGACACACCAUCUGCCUGGGUGGAGGCUUCAUGCAAGCCGAGGACAGGGGAGACGUGCUGGAUCUGGUGGAAUCGGACGACGAGCAGAUCUUUCAGGACACUGUUCCCCAGCUGCCUCCUAUAGCCAACGGCCGCCACACCACACUCGUCCAGAUCCAUCCCAUCCCUUCCAGUGAUAAUCCCGAGGACCUGGAGACGGUAGAAACAAAACCAGAGCCGGCUGAACAGAAAGAAGAGCCGACAGAAGAGCCGACAGAAGAGCCGACAGAAGAGCCGGAGGAUCUCGUAUCAUUUUAGCUACAAGGUGUUUGAAGAGGAAUGCAUCUUUUUUUGGGAAAAAUGUUUUACUUCCGGUGUAAAGUGAAUUUGACUUUUUUUUUAGCAAUGUUGUAAAUUUUUUAAGUUUAUUUGUAUGAAUGCUUUGUUUGUACAGAAUUUUGAAAGAUAUUAAAACAGUAAAUAUGUCUGUGGAAACUCUU